AUGGUUACGUUAGAAGAACUAGAGAUUAAUCAAGAAGGCGAGGAUAGUAUUGAUUUGGAGAUUCUACAAUCAUCCACGUCUGAUAUCAUCAAUCGCACGAAGCUUUUAGACAAUGACAUUAAAGUUAUGAGACUGGAAUCACAAAGGCUAACACAUGAGAAAACUAUGAUGUUGGAGAGGAUCAAAGAUAACCAGGAUAAGAUUAAUAACAAUAAGCAAUUGCCAUAUUUAGUUGGAAAUGUUGUUGAAUUAUUAAACUUGGACGUGGAAAAAGAAGCUAGUGAGCAAGGAGCAAAUGUUGAUAUUGACGCAGCGAGGUCAGGGAAAUCAGCAGUGAUAAAAACAUCGACUCGGCAAACGAUAUUUUUACCAAUGAUUGGAUUGGUUGAUUCUGAGAAGUUAAAGCCCAAUGAUUUGAUUGGGGUUAACAAAGACUCUUAUUUGAUAUUAGAUACGUUACCUUCUGAGUAUGAUUCGAGGGUGAAAGCCAUGGAGUUAGAUGAAAAGCUCACGGAGACGUAUUCCAAUAUAGGAGGAUUGGAUAAUCAAAUUGAGGAGUUGAUUGAAGCUGUGGUGUUGCCCAUGAAGCAAGCGGAAAAGUUUAAAAAAUUAGGGAUCAAGCCACCAAAAGGUGCGUUAAUGUAUGGGCCUCCAGGUACAGGUAAGACACUUUUAGCAAGAGCAUGUGCCGCACAAUCGGGGGCCACCUUCUUAAAGCUAGCCGCACCUCAAUUGGUGCAGAUGUUUAUUGGAGACGGAGCCAAAUUAGUGCGGGAUGCGUUUGCAUUGGCCAAGGAGAAGGCGCCAACGAUUAUUUUUAUAGACGAAUUGGAUGCCAUUGGUACCAAGAGGUUUGAUUCGGAUAAAAGUGGUGAUAGGGAAGUGCAGAGAACCAUGUUGGAGUUGUUGAAUCAAUUGGAUGGGUUUGGAUCGGACGAUAGGGUAAAGGUGUUGGCAGCUACAAAUAGGGUUGAUACAUUGGAUCCGGCAUUAUUGAGAUCCGGUAGAUUGGAUAGGAAAAUCGAGUUUCCCUUACCAUCUGAAGAGGCCAGGGAGUCUGUGUUGAAGAUUCAUGCCAGAAAGUUGCAUUGUGACAACAACUCGAUAAAUUGGAGAGAAUUGGCCAGGUCUACUGAUGAGUUUAACGGAGCACAAUUGAAAGCCGUUACUGUAGAGGCUGGUAUGAUUGCUUUGAGGAAUGGGAAGAGUAUAAUUAAGCAUGAAGAUUUUGUAGAGGCUAUUGGAGAGGUGCAAGCAAGAAAGUCAAAGAGUGUCAAUUUUUACGCAUAA